AUGGUUCCCGAGUCAAUAAAAAUGAAGCUCUAUGAUGCUGCAAAAAAUGGAGAUAUAGCAACAUUGGCAGAAUUGCUGCAACGAGAUCCGAAUCUCGUUGCUGAAGUUUUAUAUGCACGCUCGCGCAAUGUUCUACACAUAGCAGCGAUGCACGGGCAAGAAAGCAUCGUUGAGAUGCUGAAAUUCCACGCACAGCUAGCUCGAGAUUUAGACUCGCAAAAUUCGACACCACUUCACAUUGCAGCUGCGCGUGGGAAUGUCGCAGUAGCCUCAAGACUGUUAUCAAUGGCCCCUGAGACACUCUGGUGGCGAGACGUUCAUGAUAUGAACCCGGUUCACAUUGCAAGCAUGUGUGGUAAUGUUUUAAUCUUAACAGAGCUGCUUCGCCUCGAUCAUUCUCCUGCUAUGGAAAGGGUGCAUCGUGGACAGACCGUGCUGCACUUGUGCAUCAAACAUCGCCAUAAGGCAGCCUUCGACUUUUUGUUGCCGAGGUUGGGGGAGCUUAUUUGUGCCAAGGAUGAUGAUGGCGAGACAAUAUUGCAUCUGGCUGUUAGGUGCAAUCGACUUACGUUGAUCAAAGACUUGGUGGAGCGUACACAAAUAGAUCCGCAGACGCAGAAUUCUUUGGGCAAAACAGCGCUGCAAAUCUUGAUUGAGAGCAAACCAGACAUAAGUCGUGAUCAUAUACAGAUGCUAAAACCUUUAAAGAUUCCAUCAACAAAUAAAAUAUCAAAGGUCUUUCCCAACCUGAGCGACACGACAAUGGUGGUGGUGGUCCUGAUAGCCACCAUGGCGUUCCAGGCCGCCAUCAGCCCCCCUGGCGGGGUGUGGCAGGAAGACACGACAUCACACAAGGCUGGCGAUGCAGUGAUGGCAUCAUCUCAUCCAAAACUAUACAAACAUUUUGUUCGUGCUAACAACACAGCCUUCGUUUCAUCAAUCAUCACAAUCUUCCUCAUCACAACCCGGCAGCCAUCUGGACGCAUUUUUUUCCUGCUCAUCUCCUUGUUAGCAAUGUGGGUAUCGCUCGCAUCUAUUUCCGUUAGCUAUGGAGCUUCUAUAAUGGUCGUCUCUCCAAAUACAAAAACACAAUCACUUGUUGUUCUUAUUAUCAUAGUGGUGGUUGUGUCACUAGGCAUCAUCGGAUUCAUAUUUGCGUAUAAUAUUAUCCGGGAAUGGUACUUGCGCAGGACGAGCGAUCACCAUACAGCUCUCCAGCGAUUAGAGACGCCGGCGGAUACACUCCUCUCCCUAGUUGACGUGAUUUUACGGACGUCGGAUAGGCCAUACUAG